AGAAAUAGCACUUGCUGACAAAAGAUCAUUCAACAUAAGUGCCUAGUGGACACAGAGGAUUCAUUAUAUAUCUAGAUCCAUAUACACUGAGGAGACUCUUCUUGGCCACUUUAACAUCGGCUUUUAUAAUCCCAAAAUCCAAAAGUCUCCACAUCGCUCACACUACAACCUCCAUCUUGGAGUUUUGUCGAUUCUGCUGACUACAUCCACAAUGAUACACAUCUAGACCACGAUGGACGAAACAGUACCUCUCCUCCGAGACGAAAGCCUUGAACACCCUCCAGACUCGAGGAAGGAUAGUAAUGCUGUCGAUUUCGAUUCCCGCGGGGAUCUGGAUAAUCCUCGAGAGUGGCCAAACGCUUACAAGUGGUCAAUCGUCACUUUACUCGCCUUCACGUCGUUCACAGUUACGUUCACAUGUAUAUCAGUCGUCCCCAUCGCUACUCGAAUUGUAGCGGAUCUGAGCGACGGCGACUCCGGAAAUCAAAAGACGGCCAGUGUUCUUCUUGUUACUAUCUGGGAAUUGGGUGAAGCUGCUGGUCCGCUUCUAAUCGCCCCAUUUUCAGAGAUUUUCGGCCGUUAUGCUGUCAUCAAUGUGUGCAAUGUCCUAUUCACGUCAGCCACGAUCCUGGCAGCACUCUGCCAAAACGCCACCCUGUUUAUUUUUGCCAGAGUUCUUACAGGUGUGGCCGUUGCCUCGAAUGUAUUGAAUCCCGCCAUUAUCGGAGAUCUUUUCGUUGCCGAACAGCGGGGAACUGCCAUGAGUCUGAUCGUGCUGGCUCCCAUCAUGGGUGGCGCCAUUGGACCAGCCAUCGCUGGAGCGAUCGCGGAAACCCUCGGAUGGAGAUCAGUGAUGUGGAUGAGUGUCGCACUGUCUGGACUGGCUGAAGUCCUCUUCCUGACCUUCUUCCGAGAAACCUAUCCCGUCACCAUCCUGGCCCGAAGAACGGCUAGAUUGCGAAAGGAGACUGGCAAUCUAGACCUGCAUUCGGUCUUGGAUACACAGGAGGGUUCCGAGGUCGCUAAGUUCUGGAACGCAAUUGCUCGACCGGUCCUGGUUCUCUUCAACUCUGGUGUGCUGCAAGUCUUGUCAUUGUUCAGCUCUUUGCUGUUCACUUACUUUUACACCAUCAACACAUGUCUGCCGGACAUCCUUCAAGAGCGAUAUGGCCUAACUCCGGCCCAGACAGGGUCCAUUUUUGUCUUUUUCAGCGUGGGCUCUGCACCUAGCAUCCUAUUGCUAAAUCGAGCACUGGAUAGAGUUUACAUUUGGCUGCGCACUCGCCACAAGGGAGUCGGCCAGCCAGAGUAUCGACUACCAUUUACGAUCGUUGGCGGGUUUGCUAUCCCAUUCGUUGUUCUGGCCUAUGGGUGGGCAUCGGAAGAAGAGCUCCCCUUGCCAUUCCUCGUCUUGACCAUCGCUCUCCUGGGAUCAGUCAUGAUGCUCGGCAUGCUUCCAGUCUUCGCGUACGUGGUCGAUGCUUUCCACCUGUACUCGGCAUCCGCGAUGACGGCUAUCAUUGUCACACGGUGUCUGAUGGGCACCUUCCUUCCGUUGGCAACUCAGCCACUAGUCGACAGAUUUGGGUACGGUUGGGCUUUUACGAUCUUCGCGGCAAUGAGCAUGGCUGUUGCGCCAAUACCACUUCUUGUCUACCGUUACGGUGCUGCGUGGCGCCAGAGGUCGGUCUAUACUCGGGAUCACGAAGAAUGAGGUCCUCCUCGUACCGUGCUGGAUGGCAUUUGGCUGGACGAUACAUGAUAUGGCAGGGUCAGGUGAAGAGUGCUGCCUUGUGAAACAUCUUUCACAUAUACACAUGGUUUGCCAAAAAAGAACCUCCGAAACUGGAAUGCCUCAAUCACUUGCAGGUAGAAGUCGCCUAGAAAAAUUUGGUCUGUUCGGAUGUCGCUUACGAUCGGAUAUAUUUAUUAGAGAUCAAGGAGUUGAAUUUCUGACACUACGCUGCGGGCGUCAUAUGGAGAAUCUGAAGUUAGUACAUGAGAUAGAAAAGUCGGGAAGCCAGUCGACUUGCGUGUCUAGCGUUGAAAAAUUCCUAAUGUUGGUGAUACUGUGUCAAUAUGUGUACCUAAAAGCAGCGGUGCCUUCUAUCAAACGGAUGCCCUUCUUUGCCCCGCUAUUCAUGUACCAAAACCAGAUGGUGCAAAGCAGAACCACUCCAAUCAUGACAAGAUGACUACCAAUACUGAUCCAGAUUGCGGUGAGAUACUUUGGAGCCUCAUUCUGUCUGACAAUGUAACUCCCCGCAACGCCACCCAGACUAUUGCAAGCAGAAACCGCGGCAGCAACGGUGGCACGUUUCCAGUGACCAACGAUGUUGUUGGCUUGGUAGGCGUUCAGCGCAGCCCAAUUGGAAACAUAGGCUCCCGUGGCAAGAAAAGUGCCAACGUAGCGGACGGCGACCUGGGUGGAGAAGCCUAACAUGACAAAACCGGCGAUCAGAGUCGCGGCGUUGAAUAUGAUGAUGGGCGAGCGUAGACGGUAGUGGUCGGAAACAUAUGAAGUAAUAAGAGCGGGAAUCACGGCGUAAUAGUAAGGUGGCGAGGAUAGGAGAAUGGCGCGGUUGCUUGUGAACCCCAUACCUGAUUGGAGAAUGAUUGGGAGAAAGUAGGACAGGGCGGUUGAAACGAGAUUCAGAAGAAAGAAAAGGGUGCUGAAAGCGUAGAGUUUAGGGUCGAGAAAGGGAAGCAUGAUUGCUUUUAAUUUGAAAGGUUCUGGCUUGCUGCCGUCACGGCGGUCAUUGUUAAUGCGAGAAAUGGCGAGCGUUUUUUCUUCCAGAGUGAUGAAACGGAAGGAAUGUUCUGCCUGGUCGGGAAAGUCGACCAUCCAGAAAUAGGUGAGAAUGCCCAAAGUUAUGGUGAUGCUACCCUGGACUAGAUACAUCCACUGCCAACCUCGGAGCCCCUGGCGAUGGUCAAGUUGGUUGAGGGCGUAGUUGAUGAUUGAUCCUGUGGCCACAAUGGUGACUUCGGCUGACUGGAGAAGUGCGAAACGGAGCUGCUGUUCCUUGCGAGUAUACCAAGUUGAGACAAGAUAUGACAGCCCAGGAAAUAUGCCUGACAUGGAAAUUCCGAGGAGGACUCGGAGAGCAAUCAUUUGUCGCCAGGAGGUAAUGGCAGCAGUGCAUAUGGUGAUGAUACCAAACACGCAGGUGACGGUGGCGAAGAAGAUUCGAGGACCGACGACACGCAUUGUGACGGUCAUGGGUAGUUGGAAACAUACUGAGGCGAUCGUGAAGAUGAAUAUAGAGACUGAAUAGCGGUCUCCGUGCAAAUCGAGGUCGGAGGGCAUGCUUGUAACAGCGGCGGAAGAAAUAAUACCACUGUCGAGGAGAUUCAGGCUGCACAAUAUGCCAGCGAUGGUGCACAGGCGGACAUCAACCUUGCGUACUAGGCGUCGUUCAAUCUCUUGCAUUGUGAUGGCCUCAGGACCGUCGCCCGGGAUCACGGCGACGAUCUCGGUUGCCUCAGAGUCAUCCUCGUCUGACAUCGGAUUCGACCUUGAUUCUUGAUGCUGUUCUCUGUGACUUGAAUCUGCGAUGCCGUGCUGAAUGAAGGCACUCACUGUCGAGCGACCCAUUUUGUUUUAGGGCUGCCAGUGAGCUUGAUUCAACAUAAGUCUAGGCGGGAGAAUAGUUGACGGAUAUCAUAUAUGAAUGGCAUGGAGCGGUGAGGU